AUGACAGAAAACUCACCAGAUUUGCCACGAGAAUGCUGGGAACACAUAUUCAAUCUCCUAGACCUCGACCACCCCUCUCAACUGUCCCCCCUCUCUCUCGUCUCCAAGCAAUUCCUCCACAUCACCAAUCGCCUCUUACUCUCUCUCAAACUCUCCGACCCAACACUCCUCCCAAUCCUACCUCGUCUUCUCCACAGAUUCCAAUGCCUCAAAGAAAUAAACCUCUCCGGCUUCGGCGGCGACUUGAACCCUGUUCUUCAUCGAAUUGCCAUAUCUGGGUUGAACCUCCAAUCACUCGACAUCUCAUCCCGACAAACUUUACCCGUAAAUGGAUUAAGAGUGUUCUCCUCCAAAAUGAUGAACCUGACGUCAUUGAAUUGCUGCAGAGUCGGAUUCUUACAGGACACUGAUCUAACUCUGAUAGCAGAGUCGUUUCCUAUGCUACAGGAGCUUGACAUUAGCUACCCAGAACAGGGAUCCUCAACUGGGUCGUCGGAUUGGAAGCCCAUAUCCGAUUCGGGUGUACUUUCGCUGGCAGUGAAUCUCAAAAGCCUGAGGAGGAUCAACCUUUCUGGUAAUGACUUCAUUACUGAUAUGUCCCUUUUGCAUUUGGCAAAGAAUUGUGUGUUGUUGACCCAAGUUGUUAUUUAUGAAUGUGAGUUCAUAACACAUAAUGGUGUGGCUAAACUGAUCCGUGCUUGUGGUCACUUGAAUAGUGUUUCGUUUUGUGGAGUUGGGGAACCUAUGUUUUAUCGUUUUGGAUUUUAUCGUUAG